AUGGCUGACAACGACAUGAAAGUGAAUCCUGCGCGGGCCACAGAGCUCAUCGAGAACAUUGCCCAUGUCUCCCACCGAAUAGGCCUCGCCAAUAAGGCCGGCAGAAACGUCCGCCUCAUUGCUGUCUCGAAGCUGAAGCCUGCCACCGACGUGCUUGCCCUGCACACGGCGCCUGCACCGAACACCCACUACCACUUCGGCGAGAACUACUUCCAGGAGCUGCAAGAGAAGGCCGCCCUGCUGCCGCGCAGCAUACGAUGGCACUUUAUCGGCGCCCUGCAGACCAACAAGUGCUCCAAGCUAGCCGAGCAGAUUCCUAACCUGUGGUGCGUGUCAAGCGUCGACUCGACCAAGAAGGCCGAUCAGCUGGAGAAGGGUCGCAAGACGCUGGUCGAGAAGAGUGCCGGCGAGGAUGUGAAAGAGCCGCUGCGCAUCAUGGUCCAGGUCAAUACAUCGGGCGAGGAGGAGAAGAGCGGCGUGGAGCCGAGGGACACGGCGGCCCUGUGUCGCCAUAUCCGCGAGAAGUGCCCGCAUCUCAAGCUAGCAGGCCUCAUGACCAUUGGUGCCAUUGCCCGCUCCCAGGCAACCACUCCAGAGACGGAGAACGAAGACUUCGUGACGCUGCGCGAUGUGCGGGACAAGGUCGCCAAGGAGCUUGGCCUGGGGCCAGACGAGCUGGAGCUGAGCAUGGGCAUGAGCUCCGACUUCGAGGGCGCCAUUGCCCUGGGAAGCGACGAGGUCAGAGUGGGUACCACCAUCUUUGGCGUGCGCCCGCCGAAGAAAGAUGCAAAGGUCAAAGAGGAAGCCGAGGAGGCCAAGAAGUAG